AAGCUGCCAUGGAGCAUUGCCUAACAUUAGGAACACAUGUGAAAGGCUGCAUCAGUCUCACAGAAUACCUCAAUCACUCAAAAUCUACGCGCAAACAACUCCUGUUGAAGAAAAUCACGGAGCUAAGUUUGUGCCUCUCGCAAGAUCCUUAUGGAAAUUAUGUUGUGGGUGCUGCUCUCCAGCUCGAAAUCCCAGAGGUCAUUUGCAAUAUAUGCCACCAGCUUAAAGGCCACUAUGUGCAUCUAUCAACAAAUAAAUUCAGCAGCUUUGUUGUUCAAAAAUGCCUAGUUCGUCGGACUGAGUUUGUGCUUUUGGAGCUGCUGGAAAGCGGCAAGCUAGGCCAAGUUGCGUUUGAUCCAUAUGGGAAUUACAUCGUCCAGACGGCAUUGGAAAUGACAAAGGGUGUCCUCAAACUCCGUCUGAUCAAUGUUCUUCGGCCACAUUCCCAGAACCUUCAACUCCAUCUGCACGGACAGAGAAUCUUCCAUCUGCUUAGUGGAUCAGUGUGGAAAUGACCGAGCUCAAUCAAGACGGUGUGAGUAGUCUGUGUUUUGGUCGUGUGAAGAUGUACGUUUAGGAUUAGUUGCACAUGCACCUUCUGUGUUGGUACUGUCAAUUGAGUAUAUAUAUAUUUUUGUGUGUGUCUGUGUGAAGUGGAAAACUCUGUAGA